AUGGCUCUAACAUCAACAGCUCCAGUUAAACUUUCAUCUGAUAAUAAAGAAAAAUUAGAUAAAUUAGUAAAAGAUUUGAAAAAACUCGAAUGGGAAACUGGUGAAUAUUAUUUUCAUAACUUUGUUGAUUAUUAUCAAUUACCUCAAAUCAUACGUGUUGAACAAGGAUGGAAUACAAAUUUAGAAAAAAAACAAUGGAUGUAUUUACAAACAUUAUUUGAUCGUUAUUUAAUUAUUGCUUCACCAUUAUCAUCAUCUGGUAAACCUAGUUCAUCAAAAUCAAGAUAUCUUAUACCAGAUUGGUUUCAAGGUGAAUCUCGUAUUUUAUCAAAAGAGCCAAUACUUAAAAAACGUUGGUGGAUUUUUCAAGGUACAUUUGAAUUAUAUCGAUUUGAUUUACCACGUUCAAUAAAAGUUCUUGCUGAUACACCAGCACAUAUGCGUAAAAAAGAGGCAGCAUCAACUCAUGAAUGGGACAAAGUUGUUUUACGUAAAAGUGCUCGUCUUAGUGUUGUACGUCGUGAACAAUAUCAAUCACGUAUUAAAAAUGAUAAAGGUGAAUUAAUUGCAAGUGAACCAAAAGACGCAUUUGUACUUCAAGAUCCAAAAACUGGUCAUGAAUUUAUUUUGCCACCUGGUGUACCAUUACGUUUUGCAACAUUAAUUGAAGAUAAUGAAUUACAUACACAAUAUAAAAAUCAUGAUGGAACAUUUACAUUUCCAGAAAUAAUGAUGCGUUAUGAUUUUCCACUUGAUAUUGAAAUAACAACACAUUUACCGACUGAUGUACCUGAUUUUAAACCACAAGUUCGAUUAGAAAAAUUCUGCGUUGCAAAAUCUGUUAUAGGUUUUCUUUUCGGACAAGAUGAACCAAAAAUAAUUGAACUUUCACCAUUAACACAAUUUACAUUACAUUGUGCUAAAUGUUUAACAUUUGGUUUACCACGUGAAGGUGAAAAUACUGAACCGGAUAAAAAAAAAGAAGAAAAAUUUGAUGAAAAAGAAUAUCAACGUUAUGAAGAUAUACGAAGUAAAAUGAAUAUGAUUUUUGAUGAUGCAGCAGAAUAUCAAAGAAGUAAAAUUCUAUUAGCAACACAUGAAGAACUUGAUUGUGUUGAAACAGCUUUUGAAAUAAGUGUGAAAAUGAAAAAUGAAGAAGAUCGACCAGUGGACACAGCUUAUUUCACAUUAGAAGAAGCAAUUAAAGUUGUUAAACAAAUAAAAGAAGAUAUUCCAUUUCCUAAACCACAACCAAAACGAUUUACUGUUCAUGCUAGUGCUGAUCCAAGUAAUCCAUACAAUGAAGUUAUUGAUUUUGAAGAUAUGGACGCAUUAACCGAAGCUAUUGAACCAAAUCCACCUGAAGCAUCAAAAAAAGAAAGUUCAAAAUCGAAAUCAUCAUCGAAAAAAUCAUCACGUGAUAAACCUCAACAACCAACAAAUCAAAUAACUAAACGUCCUGCUCUUGUUGUUCAACAAUUACCACCACCAAUGAUUUUGCCACCUGAAGCAUUUGAAAAAACUGUUAAAGCCAUUCCAGAUAAACUCUAUACAAGUUUUAUUCCAGCUACUGUUAUCAAAAAAACGGAUAAAAAAGAAAAGGAAAAAGAAAAAGACAAAGACAAAGAAAAGGAAAAAGACAAAGACAAAGAGAAAAGUAAAGACAAAGACAAAGAAAAAGAUGCUGAAAAAAAAUCUAAAAAAAGUCACAAAUGA